AUGCGGCAGUUCCUGGCCGCGGCACCGGACCCGACCUCCCAGGCGUCAUCUGAGGCCUACCCGCCAUCGGAAGCCUCCACGCCACACUCCCUCUCACCAGGCCGGGAUGAUUCAAGGGAGACCCCACCGGCAGACUGGUUGGCCCUGCUAAGGGCAUUAUCCACACGGGCUGACCUCACCCAGGCUACCUCAGCCCUCCAGACUUCCAUCAGGGCGGACCUUCAGCUGAUGAGGGCCGACAUCCAAGGUAUGGCGGACUGCAUGGCCCAAAUAGAGGCGGAUCACGACUCCCUUACCGCAGCGCAAGCAGCCCAAGUCGCAAGCCACUCCAAGCAAACUGCCCAAAUGCAAGCAAUGGCCAGACACAUAGAAGAUCUGGACAAUAGGGGCCGCAGACAGAACCUACGAAUAAGAGGCCUACAAGAAGGUGAAGACACACCCGCCCAGCUUAAAGACACACUCAAUGAUCUCCUGAGCCGCCCCAGGGAGACCCCCAUAGAGUUCGUCAGAGCCCACAGGGCACUGAGACUCAGGGGCCCACCAGAGGCACCGCCUAGGGACGUGAUCUGCUGCCUAGAACUAUACGCCCUAAAAGAAGAAAUCCUGCAUGAAGCCCGCAACAGGGGAGAAAUCACCCACGAAGGCCAACACGUCAAAUUGUACCCGGACCUAUGCCCGACCACUUUGGGAUAUCGCAUUGAGAGAUAG